AAACAACUCAUCAGAAUUUUGUAAAUAAAAUUCGAGCUACUAUUUUCUCAUCACUUCAGCCCUCGCCAAAGCCCUUGACGCCGCACGCCGUCGAGCCGCCGUCACCCCGUCUCCGUGAACGCCGUCGUAGGAAAAGUCAUUGUCCUGCCAACCGCAUAUCAUUGUAGUAAGGCUGCUGAUGGUGAAGGGUUUCUGAAUAUAUCUUGUUUAUUAAGGGACCUUCCAGCAUUCUUUGUCUUGUACUGUUGGGAGAUAGGAGUUCGAAAUGGCUGGCUUGUUAGCUGGUGAGCCCUCCCUUCAUGGAACACCUGAAGGAGUUCACAAGGUUUUCCACGAAAGGACAGAAGAAGGCAGUGGACGCUGGUAUUUCUCUAGGAAGGAAAUCGAAGAAAAUUCCCCUUCUAGACAAGAUGGCAUUGAUUUGAAGAAAGAGACCUACCUACGCAAGUCUUAUUGCACAUUCUUACAAGAUUUAGGCAUGAGGCUAAAAGUUCCGCAGGUAACGAUAGCUACAGCAAUCAUAUUUUGCCAUCGGUUUUUUCUUCGCCAGUCUCAUGUGAAAAAUGAGCGUCGGACCAUUGCAACAGUAUGCAUGUUUCUCGCGGGUAAGGUUGAAGAAACUCCACGUCCUCUAAAAGAUGUCAUUCUUGUCUCAUAUGAAAUCAUACAUAAGAAAGACCCUGCAGCUGUCCAAAGGAUCAAACAGAAGGAGGUAUAUGAACAGCAAAAGGAACUUAUUCUGCUGGGAGAAAGGGUGGUUCUCGGUACACUCGGUUUUGACCUCAACGUGAACCACCCGUACAAACCCCUGGUCGAGGCAAUAAAAAAAUUUAAGGUUGCCCAAAACGCCCUAGCUCAAGUAGCAUGGAAUUUUGUGAACGAUGGGCUCCGGACAUCCUUAUGCUUGCAGUUUAAGCCCCACCACAUAGCGGCGGGUGCCAUUUUCCUUGCCGCCAAAUUCCUGAAGGUGAAGCUCCCGCAUGAGGGUGAGAAGGUCUGGUGGCAGGAGUUUGACGUCACCCCCCGCCAGCUGGAGGAGGUUAGCAACCAGAUGUUGGAACUGUACGAACAAAACAAAGCGCCCCAGUCUCAAGCUGGCGAGGCUGAAGGCAGUGCUGGUGCCAGCGAAAGACCUCCUCCCUCGAAAAAUGACGAUCACGUCCCUAGCCAAAGCUCCUCCCACGGUGGCUCGACCGCGAAACAACAUUCGUCGUUGAAGCCCGGACAACUUAGAACUGCCCCCGACCAGGCCCAUGCCAGUAGUUACAACGGGCCCCCCAAGCCCGUCCAGGCCCGACACGACUUGGAGAUCAACAGCACCACCGCGCCAGCUGGCAAGGAAGAAAACGAGGUUAACGACCAGCGGGAGGACGAGAAGGGUCGAGUUGAGAGGAGGGACGCUAGCAGCAAUAGCAAUAAUAACCCACCAGUAGAAAUGAAGGAUAAUAAAUUCCAGGGAAAGACGUUUUCGCCCCAGGAUGCGAACAAGAAGCUUGACAGGGAGAAGCUGAAAGCGGCCUUCGAGAGGAGGAAAGCACUCGGGGACAUAACUCGCAAGGCAGAUCCUGUGGAUGAGCUUGAGCGGGAGCUGGAGGAUGUUGAGGUCCCGAGCGACAAACGGGAGAGAAAGUCAAACUGGUCAAAGCCCCCGGUGAAUAGGUCGGCAGAACUCGUUGGGGAUGAUUUUGAUGCUGUUGAGGAGGGUGAAGUCGAACCGUUUGAUGACAAGAGGGAGUAUCAGUCGCCCAAGUCGAGUGUGAGGAAAAGGAAGCCCGGGAGCCCAUUGGAUAAGCCGUUGGCCCAUAAACAGGCCCACUAUCCAGAGGAUAGGAAUGGGCUAGGGAGGUAUUCGGAAAGGGACCAUAAGAGGCACCUGCAGGAAAACCAUGUCUGAGAGAGUGAUGUAGCUAUGGAUUUUGGUUGAGUUGGAUUGUGGACUUGUGAUGAUGUGGCAUAUUUGGUAUGGUUUGGGGUUAAGGAAUUCAAGACGUGGGUGGGAGUGGUUUUUAUCUGUAUUGGUAGGGUGAUUGAUUGGUGAACUUGUCUACUUGUGGGGAUUUAGGACAUGGCUUGAGGAUGAUCCAUGUAUGGUGUAAAAUUUGUCCUAGUGUUUAUCGUUUGAGGAAAAAGGGAAACGAAAAAUUAUAAAUGUGGAAUUUAAGUGCGCAAGUGUAUGGUGAUUAUCUAAGCUUUAGAUUGAAGUUGUCUGAAAAAAAAAGAGUAUGUUGGGUUGAGAUGGAAGAUGAAAAUGCUGAACAGUUUUGCUGGGCUGUUUGGUCCAUCAUUUUAAUGUGUUCGCUUUAACUUUUACUGAAUUCGGGGCGUAACAGCCAAUUCUCACAAUCACUUGGUUUUUUUGAGGAAUGCUUCUCUGAUCAAUUUCACCUCUAAUGGUGAUAAUACAUAUGUGAUUGCAUCGUCUUUA